AUGGCUAAUUCCCACCGACGCCACUCCAAGCUUCUGGACUAUUCGCCUCCUAUGGUGGCCCAGAAGAGCUGUACUUGGAGCCGGGUUAGCUCCAAAACACCCAUCCAUUCACUCAGCCAGUGCCUGCGCUGUGCCCAGCCCCAGGCCAGGAGGCUCUUGAGCAACAACAAGAUCACUGGGCUCCGGAAUGGAUCCUUCUUGGGACUGUCCCUGCUGGAGAAGUUGGACCUGAGGAAUAAUGUCAUCAGCACCGUGCAGCCCGGUGCCUUCCUGGGCCUGGGGGAGCUGAAGCGCUUAGAUCUCUCCAACAACCGGAUUGGCUGUCUCACCUCGGAGACUUUCCAAGGCCUCCCCAGGCUUCUCCGACUAAACAUAUCUGGAAACAUCUUCUCCAGUCUGCAACCUGGGGUCUUUGAUGAGCUGCCAGCCCUCAAGCUUGUGGACUUCGGCACCGAGUUCCUGACUUGCGACUGCCGCCUGCGCUGGCUGCCGUCCUGGGCCCGGAAUCACUCCCUGCAGCUGUCCGAGCACACGCUCUGUGCCUACCCCAGUGCCCUGCACGCCCAGGCCCUGGGUGGCCUCCAGGAGGCCCAGCUGCGCUGCGAGGGGGCCCUGGAGCUACACACGCACUACCUCAUCCCAUCCCGACGCCAAGUGGUGUUCCAGGGGGACCGCCUGCCCUUCCAGUGCUCUGCCAGCUACCUGGGCAACGACACCCGCAUCCGCUGGUACCACAACCGGGCCCCCGUGGACAGUGAUGAGCAGGCGGGCAUCCUCCUGGCCGAGAGCCUCAUCCACGACUGCACCAUCAUCACCAGUGAACUGACCCUGUCUCACAUCGGUGUGGGCGCCUCAGGCGAAUGGGAGUGCUCCGUGUCCACGGUCCAGGGCAACGCCAGCAAGAAGGUGGAGAUUGUGGUGCUGGAGAUCUCUGCCUCCUACUGCCCAGCCGAGCGUGUUGCCAACAACCGAGGGGACUUCAGGUGGCCUCGAACUCUGGCUGGCAUCACAGCCUACCAGUCCUGCCUGCAGUACCCCUUCACCUCGGUGCCCCUGAGCGGGGGCACUCCGGGUACCCAGGCCUCCCGCCUGUGUGACCGAGCUGGCCGCUGGGAGCCAGGGGACUACUCCCACUGUCUGUACACCAACGACAUUACCCGGGUGCUCUACACCUUCGUGCUGAUGCCCAUCAACGCCUCCAACGCGCUGACCCUGGCCCACCAGCUGCGAGUGUACACGGCCGAGGCUGCCAGCUUCUCAGACAUGAUGGAUGUAGUCUAUGUGGCUCAGAUGAUCCAGAAAUUUUUGGGUUAUGUGGACCAGAUCAAAGAGCUGGUGGAGGACAUGGUGGACAUGGCCAGCAACCUGAUGCUGGUAGAUGAGCACCUGCUGUGGCUGGCCCAGCGAGAGGACAAGGCCUGCAGCGGCAUCGUGGGUGCCCUGGAGCGCAUUGGGGGGGCCGUCUUGAACCCCCACGCCCAGCACAUCUCUGUGAACUCGAGGAACGUGGCAUUGGAGGCCUACCUCAUCAAGCCGCACAGCUAUGUGGGCCUGACCUGCACGGCCUUCCAGAGGAGGGAGGCCGGUGUGCCCGGCGCCCGGCCCGCAGGCCUUGGCCAGAACCCCUCUCCCGAGCUGGAGCCCCUGGCUGAUCAGCAGCUCCGCUUCCGCUGUACCACCGGGAGGCCCAACGUUUCGCUGUCAUCCUUCCACAUCAAGAACAGCGUUGCCCUGGCCUCCAUCCAGCUGCCGCCCAGUCUCUUCUCGUCCCUUCCGGCCUCCCUGGCGCCCCCAGUCUCCCCAGACUGCACCCUGCAACUGCUCAUCUUCCGAAAUGGCCGCCUCUUCCGCAGCCAUGGCAACACCUCCCGCCCUGGAGCUGUGGGGCCCGGCAGGAGGCGUGGCGUGGCCACCCCUGUCAUCUUCGCCGGAACAAGUGGCUGUGGCGUGGGAAACCUGACGGAGCCAGUGGCCAUUUCCCUGCGGCACUGGGCUGAGGGGGCUGAACCCGUGGCUGCUUGGUGGAGCCAGGAAGGGCCCGGCGGCGCUGGGGGCUGGAGCUCCGAAGGCUGCCAGCUCCGCUCCAGCCAGCCCAACGUCAGCUCCCUGCACUGCCAGCACCUGGGCAAUGUGGCCGUGCUCAUGGAGCUGAGUGCCUUUCCCAGGGAGGUGGGGGCCUCGGGGGCAGGGCUGCAUCCAGUCGUGUACCCCUGCACAGCCCUGCUGCUGCUCUGCCUCUUCUCCACCAUCAUCACCUACAUCCUCAACCACAGCUCCAUCCAUGUGUCCCGGAAGGGCUGGCACAUGCUGCUGAACCUGUGCUUCCACAUGGCCAUGACCUCCGCCGUCUUUGCAGGAGGCAUCACACUCACCAACUACCAGAUGGUCUGCCAGGCGGUGGGCAUCACUCUGCACUACUCCUCACUGUCCACCCUGCUCUGGAUGGGGGUGAAGGCCCGCGUCCUCCACAAGGAACUCACCUGGAGGGCGCCCCCUCCACAGGAAGGGGACUCUGCCCCGCCUGCUCCCCGUCCCAUGCUCCGGUUCUAUUUGAUCGCUGGAGGGAUCCCACUCAUUAUCUGUGGCAUCACAGCUGCUGUCAACAUCCACAACUACCGGGACCACAGCCCCUACUGCUGGCUGGUGUGGCGUCCAAGCUUAGGAGCCUUCUACAUCCCGGUGGCUUUGAUCCUGCUGAUCACCUGGAUCUAUUUCCUGUGCGCAGGGCUGCAUCUGAGGGGUCCUCUGGCACAGAGCUCCAAGGGGGUCACGAGCAGGGUCUCCCUGGACCAAGGGGAGGAGCUGAGGGGUUCCACCAGGCUCAGGAGCAGCGGCCCUUUCCUGAGUGACUCGGGUUCCCUUCUGGCCACUGGGAGCGCAGGGGUGGUGACGCCCGGACCCCCAGAGGACGGGGACGGCCUCUAUUCUCCGGGAGUCCAGCUGGGCGCGCUGGUGACCACGCAUUUCCUGUACCUGGCCAUGUGGGCCUGCGGGGCUCUGGCCGUGUCCCAGCGCUGGCUGCCCCGGGUGGUGUGCAGCUGCCUGUACGGGGUGGCGGCCUCGGCCCUGGGCCUCUUCGUCUUCACCCACCACUGUGGCGGCAAGUACGAGGACAUCACCCUGGCGGGCGCCGAGGCUGCGGGGGGCGGCUGCAUGAAGACCGGCCUCUGGAAGAGCGAGACCACCGUCUAG